AUGCGCUCGUCCACGAGCUCGCAGGAAGACACACUGAUGAAGAACGUGCGUGAUCCUCCGAAAAGAACGAAAAUGUCGAGUGCACAUUCAGCAGGUUCGCUGGCGGAAUUGGAUGUGUCAAAAAUUUUGGCCCCUCUACUGCUCUUCUGUCUGACGAUGGCCUUUGGGCUGUGUCCAAUCCUCAUAGUUAAACCCCCCCAGAAGAAAACUGCUGCCAGUCAGACACACAACUCCAAAUUGAUCGCAUUCACAGCUUGCGUAGGUGGGGGUGUGCUCUUCGCCACCGCCCUGAUCCACAUCAUUCCCGAAGCACGGGCAGGCUUCGAGCACCAUGUUCACGAUCACACGACGUUUCCGUGGACGGAAUUCGUUGUGUGCGUAGGAUUUCUGAUAGUUUAUCUCUUCGAUGAGAUUGUGCACGCGUGCCUCGGCCACAAGAGCCAUGUCAACGAGGAUCAUGGCCAUUCGCACUCGCCGCAAGUCAUCCAAUGCGCAACCAACGGAGAGCAAGCAAACAACCCUAACAUAAAGCCGUACUCGCACUUCACCGUGUUCAAUCAAAUGGAAAGCGGCGGCAGUGUCAAUGCCGCAGAGGCCAAAGCGUCGACAGUGAGCAUCGGAGGCCUCAUCACGGUGGCGGCUCUCAGUUUCCACUCAAUUUUCGAAGGGUUGUCGCUCGGUGUACAGCUCACUCCAGCCAGAACGUGGUUGUUGACACUGGCCAUAGCAACGCAUAAACUGGCCAUAGCUUUCGUGGUCGGCUUCGGGUUAUGCGUAUCUGGCAACGGAAAGAUGUACGUCUUGGUCAACAUUUUCAUCUUCAGCAUCAUGUCACCGAUGGGAGCCUCGAUUGGCGCCCUUGCGCAGUCGGUCAUAAAGGAGAACACACUGGUGGUCGCCAUCCUGAAUGGGAUCGCAGCCGGGACACUCUUGUUUGUGACCUUCUUCGAGGUAUUACAGAAACAAAAGAACACGUCCCUCCACGGACUUUUGCAGCUGACGGCGGUGGUACUGGGUUUCGGUAUCAUGCUCGGUUUGGGACGACUGGUUGCGGUGCUGUCCCAGGAUCAGGAACUCGAGGAAUCAGUCCGACGCAUCCAAGUACCCUCCGACGAACAUAAAAUGAGCAUUUUCGCUGUCACCUGA